AUGGGGAACGGAGUUUCAAAGGGCAGGCAAGACUGGGAUAGAGGACAGAACGAGCACACGAGAAGAAAGGAAUCAGAAUUGCAAGGCUUGUGUAAUGGCGAUAUUAGAGGAUGUGGACAAAUACAUGGAAGAAAUUCAGUUUGCUCAAGUGUGGAAUGAGGUGAUUGAUAGCUUUCGGGAGGAGGACAUUAUCAGCAACCAGGAACAUCUGAUCUUCAAGUUUCCUAGCCGCAGUGGUCUUCUUCAGGUUCCGUUCAUGGAUGCCCCAGAAAAGUUGACUCAGUGGCCAUUGUUUCUCUUGGCCAAUCAGGUGUUUCUGGCAAUGGAUAUUGCGGCCAAAACGAGGAGUAAUGCAACUGAUAUUUGGAAUCAAAUAUGCAAAGUGCGAGAAAUGAGGUUGACGGUGAUUGAAGUUUAUGCCUCAAUCAUGUAUAUGUUCAACCAACUUCUUGUUGAUGAGCUUGAUCGAUGGGUGGUAUGGUGGGUGCACGAAGACCUGAAGAAAGCCUGGAAGCAAGGUUCGGUUCAAAAGGAGUUCGAUCUGAAGGAUGGCCUGGAGAAAGUGUACAAAAGACUGGUCAGCCUUGUUGAGAGCUUGAAGCAUGUAAUCUCAGCAAUGUCCCAGCAUUAUCACAUUGUGCACCUUCUGGCUCAGGUUGGACGUGUAGCAGCCGGGCAAUGGGAUGAGUUGCUCAGGGAAUACAACCAGCGGGCGCAGAAAUUGAAAGGCAACCCGUUCUCAAAACUUAAAGUUCCCCUUCAUCAGGAUCUCAAAGAUCAGCUCCUCCGGUUUUACAAUCUUCUGACCAUCAAGGAGUCAGUAUUUGAAAUGCCAGAGAAUCUGGAAGCUCGGCGGCGUCUCACGUUUUUCUGUAAUUCGAUGUUCAUGGACAUGCCCAGCCCUCCAUCAGUUGAUUUGUGCCGACCAUUCUGCGUCUUGACUCCAUACUAUUCCGAGUCUGUUGCGUUAUCUCAGAAAGAAUUACAGAAGAUGAAUGAGGAUGGCAUCACCAUAAUUUUUUACUUGCAGAAGAUCUAUCCUGGUAAGCUGCUCUCCGAUCGCCACUGGAUCUUCACUUUAGGAAAAUUGCUAUUCCGUUGUACAUCCCUGUUCAAACGCCUGGGUCUAUACACCAGGUCUGACGAUGCACUAUGGAGUUUCGUAUGUUUUGUGACAGACUCACAAGUGGUUUGUCUGUUGUGAGUUUUGUGACUUCAUUGCAGCGAGUCUGUUGCUGUUCCCUCUGUUUGUGGACUGCGUAUUGGCACCCCACUA